GUAAAAUUUAUCAAAAAUAAUGUCUCUAAAAGUCAAACAUUUAGUAUUUGGAGGAAUAUGUUGGGAAAGUUUUUUAAGACUCAUAACGUUAAGACAGCACAACAUUGGCAACAGGUGUAUGAGUUUGCAGAUAAUAAUGUUUAUAAAAAAGUUAAACUAUUUCGUGGCUUAUGUUUGCCAUCGACUUGUAAGCCUCAAGAUCUUUCCAGAGUACUAACCAAAUUGGUGUAUCCAAUAACUCAUUUUCCCAUAAUAUUUCACGAGGACUGUGAUUAUAAGGACAAACCAAUAGUGCUUAAUAACUAUCAUAUUGUGUCAAUUGUUGGUGUCGGUUUACUAAUCGCUAUAUUUAUAUUGAGUACAAUUAUAGACUGUUUACCUGAUAGUCUAUUUAAGAAAAUGCUAUUAUCCAUACCAAACAUUAGUUUUAUUAUCAAAUGUUUUUCCGGUAAAUCCAACGCACAGUCGAUAUUUGGUUUACAACAAUACGGAAAGUUCAAGGCUUUGGACGGUUUUCGUGCAAUACUAACAUUUUAUUGUGUCGUUUUGCAUACCUAUGAAUUUGGGCAGUUGUUUAUGUUUAACCGUAAUCACUACCUGUCCUCGUCAUUUAAAAUGGCAUUAGACUAUCGAAACAUGUUUUUGCCAAACAUAUUACUUAUGGAUAAUUUUGUACUUUUGUCGGGUUUUCUAUUAUGCAACACAAUAUUGUCGAAACUUGAACGAAGUAAUGGGAGAUUUAAUUAUUUUCAAUAUAUAUUAUUUAGAUAUAUUAGAUUAAUGCCAAUAAUUGUGUUUGCAUUGUUUAUAAAUUUUUUAUUUGAAUUUACUGGUUCAGGUCCCAUUUGGAAACUAAUGUUAUCCUAUUUUACAAAUCAAUGUUACGAUAAAUGGCACAAACCAUUGCUUAUGACUACUAAUAUACUACACUAUUCUAAUGAUAAUUCAACGAUAUUGACAUCAGUUCAGUGUUUGGCAAUAACAUGGUAUUCAUCGUUGGACUUUCAAUUGUAUGCAUUGGCACCGAUAGCUUUUCUUGUGUUAUAUAAAUAUCCCCGAUUUGGUUUGAUCUGGUUGUUUAUAUUAUUAAUAUUUGGCAUUUUGUUGCCUAUAUUUAAUUACCAGAUACUAGAGUUGCCUCACGUCUAUCAGGCCAUCUCAUGGCCUGAUGUUAUGCAGACAAUGGAGGGUUUUGCACGACAUUAUUGGCAACCAUUUAAUUAUAUACAGACUUAUAUUAUAGGAAUGAUUACGGCAUAUGCUGUCCGAUAUCACCCGAAAGCAUAUCUGGGCGGACGUAUUGGACACAUGUUUAUAUGGAUUAUUACUAUUUGUAUGACUACUAGUAUACUCUAUUGGCAGCGAAACUUUGUUACGCCCGGAUAUUUGGCAUAUGAUUUCAAUGAUUAUGAAAUGCCUUUAUACUUAUUGAUUGGAAAACCUAUUUAUUUGGCAUCAUUUGUUUGGCUUAUAUAUUGCUGUUCCACUGGCCGGGGAGGUCUGUGA